CAAGCAGGAGUCCAGAUGGGAAACUCCUGCUGGGAACUGUACUGUUUGGAACAUGGCUUCCAGCCGGAUGGGACUGUAGUUAGUGAUGUCAGCUCAUUAGCUCACUCUUCUUUUGGCACUUUCUUCAGUGAAACUGGUGCAGGGAAGUAUGUUCCUCGAGCGGUGUUCAUUGACCUGGAGCCAACAGUUGUUGAUGAGAUCCGUAAUGGACCUUAUCGACAACUUUACCACCCUGAGCAGCUGAUCAGUGGAAAGGAGGAUGCGGCUAAUAACUACGCACGUGGUCACUAUACCAUCGGCAAAGAGAUCGUAGACUCAGUUUUGGACCGUAUACGAAAAAUGGCGGAUCAGUGCAGCGGUCUGCAGGGCUUCCUGAUCUUCCACAGUUUUGGUGGCGGAACAGGCUCUGGUUUUACAUCUCUGCUGAUGGAGCGACUGUCUGUCGAUUAUGGUAAAAAGUCCAAGUUGGAGUUCUCUGUGUAUCCCGCCCCACAGGUGAGCACUGCUGUGGUGGAACCCUACAAUUCGAUUCUGACGACUCACACCACGCUCGAGCACUCCGACUGCUCUUUCAUGGUGGAUAACGAAGCUAUCUUUGACAUCUGUAAGAGAAAUCUUGAUAUCGAGCGCCCGUCCUACACCAACCUAAACCGACUCGUCGCCCAGAUAGUGUCCUCCAUCACGGCAUCUCUGCGGUUUGACGGAGCUCUGAACGUGGACCUCACUGAGUUCCAGACCAACCUGGUGCCGUACCCUCAUAUCCACUUUCCGCUUGUCACCUACUCUCCCAUCAUCUCUGCAGAGAAGGCAUACCAUGAGCAGCUCUCUGUGCCAGAGAUCACCAACGCCUGUUUUGAGCCAGCAAACCAGAUGGUGAAAUGUGACCCUCGCUGUGGCAAAUACAUGGCCUGCUGUCUGCUGUAUCGUGGCGACGUGGUGCCCAAAGACGUUAACGCCGCUAUUGCCAAUAUCAAGACUCGACGCUCCAUCCAGUUUGUGGACUGGUGUCCCACAGGGUUCAAAGUGGGCAUCAACUACCAGCCGCCCACCGUCGUACCUGGAGGUGAUCUGGCCAAGGUGCAGAGGGCCGUCUGUAUGUUGAGCAACACCACGGCCAUCGCAGAAGCCUGGAGCCGUCUGAACCAUAAGUUUGACCUGAUGUACGCCAAAAGAGCUUUCGUACACUGGUAUGUGGGUGAAGGGAUGGAGGAAGGAGAGUUCUCGGAGGCACGAGAGGACAUGGCUGCCCUGGAGAAGGACUACGAAGAGGUUGGCGCUGAUUCCACUGAAGAUUAUGAGGAGGAUGAAGAGUAUUGA